AUGUCGAAGAACAGGCUGUCCAGUUCCGCCACAGCAAUGCGCAUUUUCUCGUGUCGGCUAGAACCUGAAUGCUUCUUGAUGUGGACAUUGAGACCCGCUUUUCGUCAUUUGGGAAAUUAUCGAUGCCCACCGCACGGGAAGGAAGCAAAAACCAAGGUCCACAGGGGUUUUUUGAAAGUGGCUUGGCGCCUAUGGGACCCAGAAGGAAGUCACGGAGCAACCUACCUUGUCGCUUGGUAG